UACUGUUAUUGUGAAGCGAGAGAGUGAACAGGAAAAUCGCGAAAAAACAUAAAAACCUCUUGAAAAAAUCUCCUCGUAUCUCGAUAAAUGCAACUAAAAGUGCAUUGAGACCCCCGAAAACGCAGCAAAAACGUAUUAAAUCCGGAAAAUACAAAAAAGUGACGCAAAAAUGGCAUCAUUAUUGAACCAACUAAACUCAACUCUAAAUCCGUUUAGCACGGUAAUCGGUCAGAAAAUCGAACAAGCAACGGAUGCUAAUCUUCCGACAGAGGAUUGGGCUCUGAACAUGGAAAUUUGUGAUUUGAUCAACGAGUCAUCAGACGUUGCCAAAGAUGCGGUCAAAGCCAUACGGAAACGCCUCAACCAGAAUGCCGGCAAGAAUUAUACGGUGAUCAAGUACACGUUGACGGUGCUAGAAACUUGCGUAAAAAAUUGCGAAAAGCCAUUUCACGUGCUGAUAUGCAGCAAGGAGUUUUGCAACGAUUUGGUGAAGUUAAUUGGACCCAAAAAUGGGCCUCCUGGCGAUGUGCAAGACAAAGUUUUGAGUUUAAUCCAAAUUUGGGCCGACGCUUUUCGAUCGCAGCCCGACUUGAAAGGCGUUUCUGAGGUUUAUGAGGAACUACGAAGUAAGGGAAUUGAGUUUCCGCCCACAGAUUUGGAUUCUUUGGCGCCCAUUUAUACGCCGCAAAGGAGUGUUCCCGAAGAGCCCCAUAGUCGUCCAUCGAGCUCGCCGUCGAACCAUCCGCCGCCACAAGCACAACAGCAUCCGCCAUCGCCCGCCAUGCACGCCAUUCCAACGUCGUCGCCGGGUCACGUGACGCCCGAACAACUCGUCAAACUCCAAUCCGAGCUGGAAAUUGUCCAAGUGAACUUGACAAUUUUCUCCGAAAUGCUCGCCGAGCUGAAACCGGGUCAAGAAGAUCCCUCGGAAUACCAACUUUUGACUGAACUCGCUGCAACGUGCAAAGAAAUGCGCGGGCGCAUCGUCGAGCUGAUCGGAAAAGUAAACAACGACGAAAUCACGGCGGAACUUUUGCGACUUAAUGACGAACUGAACAACGCUUUUCUCAUUUAUGCGCGUUACGAGAAAAAUCGCGAUCCCAAAGCUGUGCAAGCUCCGUCGGCGAUUUUGGGCGCGGCAUUGGGUGUCGGGCCGAAAUCCGCGGCGCAGAAGGAACUGAUUGACUUGAGUGGCGAAGCGAGUGGCGGUUCAGAUCUGACAUCGCAACUUUCCGGCUUGACAAUGGGCACGGCAUCGUCGCAACUUUCCAAGCUGAAUAGCGUUCAGGCACAAUCUGGCGCGAAAGACGAGUUUGAUUUGUUGGCACAAUCGCGAAAAGGGUCGGGAGAUGCAGCAAAAGCACCCUCGGGAGGUUCGACUGCCGUUGGAUCGUUGAAAGAUAACGAAAUUGACGAGAUGGAAGCGUGGCUUGGGAAGUCAGGACCCACAUCGGUAGUUGGCGGAGGCACUGGCGAUGGCGAGGAAAGUCUCACAAGCAAGGAAUUUGAUAAAUUUUUGGCUGAACGAGCUGCUGCUGCUGAAAAUCUACCAAAUGUCACAAACAACUCGGGCACGCCACGAAAAAAGAAGGCAGAAGAACAAGACUUGCUAUCGUAAGAUGAAGAAACAAUCUUGCCCCUCACAACUUAUGAUAGAGAAAGAGAGAUGAUUUGAAUUAAACAUUUAUUUUAUGCGUGAGUUCUGUAUAGAAUUUAAGUUCAAAAAAAAAAUUAUAUCGAAUUUCGAUAUUAAUUGGUGUAAAAUUUACGAAAAAAAAAUUAUUCAAGACAGAUUUAUAUGCAAAAGAGUGUAAAUUGUUUUUAGAAAAGUGCUUUUAUUGUUGUUUAUUAAUUUUAAGUGAAAAAAACGAUGAAAAAAGUCAAAAAAUUGUCUGUGAAGAGACUCUUAUAUACCAUUGUAUUUAUAUUUAUUCUAAUAUUUUUUUAAUAAUUUUAAUGAAAUAUAUAUUUAAAAAAAAAUUUCCACCCUAAAAUUGAAGCCAUCACAAAAGGCAACAAGCUACGAAAAAUAAAUUUGUAACAAAGCUUUAGCAUCCUUUUAUUACAUUAAAAUUUCUAAUCGUCAUAAAACUAAAGAAGAAAAACCUCGAAAAAUAAUUAAAUAAAGAAUGACACCGAUAUAUCUACACGAAAAAAAAUAUUAAUUAAAGGAGAAAAAGUGUUAAAAAGGGGUUUUUAUAAAAAAAUAAAAACUACAGAAUUUUUUCAUAACAGUACUAAAUAAAUAUU